ACAUGGCACACUCUGCAAAGCUAUAUCAUCUUCUUUUACUUGUUUUCUUUUCCUCCUUACUUCCAUCCAUUCUAUUGGCAACAAGACGAGAAGGAGAAGCUCUUGUGAAAUGGAAGAAUAGCCUAGCCCCGUCUUCUUUUCUUGAUUCUUGGUCACUCUCCGAUCUCGAUAAUCUUUGCAACUGGACUGGCAUUACUUGUAACUCAGCAAGUUCAGUGUCUCAGAUAAAUCUUUCCCAAAAACAGCUCGAUGGAACGCUGUCCGAAUUUGGUUUCACUUCAUUUCCGAAUCUCGAAAAUUUGACCAUAAGAGACAACAGCUUGUCCGGGCUAAUACCACCAGGCAUUGCGAAUUUAACACAGCUUCAAUACCUUGAUUUAAGCUACAAUUAUUUCAGUGGUUCCAUUCCGUACGAGGUUAGCCAUCUUCAGAGAUUACGUGUUUUAGACUUGUCGUAUAAUGAAAUGCAGGCUCCAAAGUGGUCUGACUUCUCUCCCAUGCCUUUUAUGAGCAUCCUCAACCUACGGGCCAAUCAUCUUGUGUCGAAAUUCCCAGAAUUUAUAUCCAAUUCUUUUAGCCUGACUUUCCUUGACCUUGGAGACAACAAGUUCACCGCUGAUCAUCUUGUGCUCGAAUCAGAAUUUACCAAUUUACAAAAUCUUGAAACGCUGUUUCUUGAUGGUAAUUCUUUUGAGGGGACGUUUCCACCGAAUAUAUUCAGGCUUUCUAAAUUAAAACACCUUUCCCUAUCUGCUAAUAAGUUUUCAGGUUCUGUGCCGGAUGACAUAGGGAUGCUUCGUGAUCUUGAAUCCCUUUAUCUUGGUAACAAUUCUUUCAAAGGGAUGCUUCCACAAAAUAUUUUCAGACUUCCCAAAUUACGGGAUCUUUCCCUCUGGGGUAACAAUUUUUCAGGUCUUAUUUCAGAUGAUAUAAGGAUGCUUUCUAACCUGGAAUCUCUUGAUCUUAAUGGUAAUUCUUUUCAGGGUCCGCUUCCACCAAAUUUCUUCAAGCUUUCCAAAUUAAGACAUCUCGCCUUCUCAAAUAAUAAAAGAGUAUUUAAAGGAAGUAUUCCUCUUGGGUUGGGGCUUUUGACUAACCUUGACUACUUAUGUCUUAAUUCCAAUUAUCUCACUGGCUACAUUCCAUCUGACAUUGGAAAUCUAAAGCUACUAGAACAUCUUGAUCUCAGUUUUAAUCAAUUGACCGGACCGCUCCCAAAGAUCAUUUCUAACCUCACUAAUCUAACGCGUCUUGGUCUGAAUGAUAAUUGGUUUUCCGGCAGUAUUCCAAGUGACUUCUUGGAAAACUCUACAUUAUUAUUUUACAUUGAUCUUUCAAACAAUGAUCUGUCUGGAAGCAUUCCUAAGGAAUUCAACGUUCAUCCGACAUUGGAUUAUAUCAAUUUAAGUGGAAACCGUUUUAGAGGCAAGCUUCCAGCAACGAUUUGCAAUGCUACAUCCCUUUCGACUCUUGUUCUGUCAAAUAAUGAAUUCAGCAAUGCACUUCCACAUUGUUUGGGGAAUCUUGCUGAUCAACUUCUUUCCAUUAAUCUUGCUAAUAAUUUGUUUCGAGGACCAAUACCAACAACUUUCUCUAAGAGUUGUCGGCUGACAUAUCUAAACAUGUACAACAAUCACUUUGUGCUAAACCAGUGUCACUGUUAUGUUUGUGAUGCACCGGCUCCAUGUCUCAAAUGGGGAACUGGCAUAUCUGUCAGUGACCAUUGUCAUGCCACUGGGAAGGUGGAAUUCUGGAAUCAACAAAGCCUAAAUUUUUUGAAAAGGCUUUAA